AUGCCCCUCGAUAUAUAUCGCGAGCUGCAUCGUGCUCACCACGCUUCUGAUGACGCUCGAGUCUGUCAAACCACCCAGGGCGCUGCUGUAGGUCGUGAUCACGUCUUUGCCGAGACCUCUUCUGCCGUUGCCAUCAUGAACAAAGUCGCCCUCUUGACCUCGUCCAAGCACGAGCCGGGCGUUACCAUCCGCCAACGCUCAGAUCUCAUUGCCGUAUUCGGGCCGACCUCCGACCUCGCGCUCCGCUUCCAGAGACUAGUCGCCGUCGCGUCGUCGCUCCUCUUCGUCUACGCACAUCUUCUCGCCACCUCAACCCUCACGUCGGCCGUCAUUGCGACGCGUCUUUUUGCCGUUCACUCGUACAUUGUCCUCAACAAGACAACAACAGCGGUCCGCAGGUCACUGGGACAUGUUUGGGAAUCCAAGAAAGUCCAAAAGUUGAGGAAGAAAUUCUUCAUGGAGUUUGCAACGACCAUAUUGGGCCCGGGAGGCAACAUGCUGAUAGUCAUGGUCUUUUGGCCGGGGUGGUUGUUGAUCCUGGGCUUCCUCUUGGCCCUCCGUACGCUGGCAGGGUGA